AUGACGUAUAUCUACGCAGAUUCUUAUGGUGUCAACAUCGGACUCCCGACCGGCUGUGAGGUGUUCUUCCUUAGUGUCCUGGUGUCACACUACAUCUGUUUCAGGAAGGGUAUUGCUGCAAGGCGGGAUAACCUAACAGAUGACGCGGAACAGCCUCCUUCUGUGGAGUACCAGGCGUGGCACAAGUACUAUGACAUAGAAGAGGAGGACAUGGACGUCGGCCGGCAGAUACAAAAUGGCUGCCAAGAAAACUAUGAAGAAGUGCGAGAUCUCGCCAGCGCGGCCAUUGUACACAGACCAGCGAAGUGUACCGACAACCAGGCGUGUUCAGACUGCUACAACACCGGACAAUGUAAAACCGGAUGUCACACUGGAUAUUACGACCUGUUCUGUAGAUCAAAAUGUAACACGGCUUGCAAGAAUAAUGCGUGUAAGGGGAAUGGGGAUGGCAUUGAGGUAUGCACUGACGGUUGUAUACCUGGUUAUGAUGGCAAAAACUGCAACAUUAAAUGUGAGAAUAAUUAUACAUUAAACGAUACGUUUUGUCUUGAUAUGUGCAACCAACACUGUCGUUUGAAAUCCAACACAAAUGACACAAGCAGAUGUCUGGUCCAUGGUGAAAGUGCUUCAGUGUUUUGUACAUCUGAGUGUCACAACCAGAGUGGCGAGUGUCUCCAUGGCUGUGUAGGAGGCUGGUAUGGUCCACGGUGCUCCUCUCAGUGCAGUGCAGGUUGCAGUGGUGGAAGGUGUGAUGCUGCAGGUGCGUGUGUGGACGGAUGUAGACCUGGGUAUUUCGGGAGAGACCGCUGCAGGAAUCACACCUGUAGCUCACACAACGGGUCCUGUGUGGACGGAUGCAUCCCAGGGUAUUAUGGCGAGUCUUGUAAUCACAGCUGUGAGGUUUGCCGCGAGGGGAUCUGUGAUCAGAUGACUGGCACAUGUGUCAACGGAUGUGACGUCAGCGAACGUGGAUGUAAACCUUCCUGUACCAGCAACUGUUCCAGGGACUAUUGUCUUCAUGCACAGACAUGUGAUACAGAUUCCAAGUCUAAUGGUGUCAACAUCGGACUCCCGACCGGCUGUGUGGUGUUCAUCCUUGGUGUCCUGGUGUCACACUACAUUUGCUACAGGAAGGGUCUUGCUGCAAGAAGGUCAGUAAUACCUGAUCGACCGGGAGAUGACGCGGAACAGCCUCCUUCUGUGGAGUACCAGGCGUGGCACAAGUACUAUGACAUAGAAGAGGAGGACAUGGACGUCGGCCGGCAGAUUGAAAAUGGCUGCCAAGAAAAGUAUGAAGAAGUGCGAGAUCUUGGCAUGCCGGUGAUAGCUGAUGUCUUCCCAGCGGCCCCGGCCAUUGUACACAGAGGUGAUGACACAUCCUCAUCCACUUUCCGAUCCUGCGACCCCGAGAUACAAAAUGGUAACCCUGAAGAAGACCUAGAUCUCGUCAAGCCGGUGAUAGCAGAUGUAUUUCUAGCGGCGCCGGCCAUUGUACACAGAGGUGAUGACACCUCAUCAGAGAGUUCAGCCUCAUCCAAUUCCCGAUCCUACGACCCCGUGAUGCACAAAGGUGACUGUGAAGAAGAGAUUGAUCUCGCCAUGCCGGUGAUAGCUGACGUCUUUCCAGCGGCCCCGGCCAUUGUACACAGAGGUGAUGAGACGUCAUCAGAAAGUACAACAUCGUCCAGUUCCCGGUCCUACACCCAUCUAAUCCCUGACGUAGUCCCCGGAGACCCGAGAACAGCUGACGCGGAACAUGCUGUGGAGUACCAGUCGAGGCACAAGUACUAUGAAAUAGUAGAGGAUGACACAGACGCUGCUCCACAGACUCAGAAACUCGUCAUGCCGGUGAUAGCUGAUGUCUUCCCAGCAGCGCCGGCCAUCGUACACAGAGGUGAUGACACGUCAUCAGAAAGUACAACAUCGUCCACUUCUCGGUCCUACACCCAUCUGAUCCGUGACGUAGUCACCGGAGACCCGAGAACAGCACAGUGCGCGGACAACCAGGCGUGUUCCGGCUGCGACGAGACAGGACAAUGUACAACCGAGUGUCACACUGGAUACUUCGGCAGAAAGUGUAAAUCACCAUGUAACCCAGCCUGCAAGAAUAAUGCGUGUAAGGGGACUGGGAAUGGCAUUGAGGAAUGCACCGAAGGUUGUAUACCUGGUUAUGGUGGUGUAAACUGUGACAUUCAAUAUUCCAAGUCAAAUGGUGUCAACAUCGGACUCCCGACCGGCUGUGUGGUGUUCAUCCUUGGUGUCCUGGUAUCACACUACAUCUGCUACAGGAAGGGUCUUGCUGCAAGAAGGGACAGACCGGGAGAUGACGCGGUACAGCCUCCUUCUGUGGAGUACCAGGCGUGGCACAAGUACUGUGACAUAGAAGAGGAGGACAUGGACGCCGGCGGGCAGAUACAAAAUGGCUGCCAAGAAAACUAUGAAGAAGUGCGAGAUCUUGGCAUGCCGGUGAUAGCUGGUGUCUUCCCAGCAGCGCCGGCCAUUGUACACAGAGGUGAUGAUUCGUCAUCAGAGAUUUCAUCCUCAUCCACUUCCCGAUCCUGCGACCCCGAGAUACAAAAUGGUAACCCUGAAGAAGACCUAGAUCUCGGCAUGUCGGUGAUAGCUGACGUCUUCCCAGCGGCCCCGGCAAUUGUACACAGAGGGGAUGACACGUCAUCAGAAAGUACAACGUCGUCCAGUUCCCGGUCCUACACCCAUCUGAUCCCUGACGUAGUCACUGAAGACCCGAGAACAGGUGACACUUAUCUGUCUCCAGUGGAAGACGUGGUCCUAACAACAGACGUGUGA